GCGGGUUGAGCUGGGAGGGUAAAGGCAGCUCGGGUGAGGAAGAGCGGAGGCGCUGCUGCUGUUGCUGCUGCUGCCGCUUCUCUCUGAUCGCCUCGCCUUCCAAGAGCGAGCGGUUUUUGCCAGGGACGAGGACCGGAGCGCUGGGGGCGAAGAGCCGAGAAAGAGCCGGGCUCUAAAGCGCCAGCCGCGCCAGCCAAGCUACCCCAAAUCGCGCGCCAUCGCCUUGUCUCCGCCAGGCGGCAUGAGCAGCUGCGACGCCAAAGAUUACCUGACCAGGAGGGAGAUCCCGCAGCUUUUCGAGAGUUUGCUGAAUGGAUUAAUGUGCUGCAAACCCGAUGAUCCCGUGGAGUAUCUGGAAAGCUGCUUACAAAAAGUAAAGGAACUGGGGGGAGCAGAAAAAGUCAAAUGGGACACUUUUGUCAGUCCAGAAAAAAGGUCACUGCCUCCUCUUAAUGGCAACCAAUCAAGAAGAGCAUUUUUCAGGAACGUGAUGCCCGACAACCCCAACUUUCCAUACCGGAGAUAUGAUCGACUUCCUCCAAUCCACCAGUUCUCCAUCGAGAGUGACACGGAUCUCUCAGAAACAGCUGAACUUAUUGAGGAAUAUGAUGUGUUCGAUCCAACCAGGCCUCGACCCAAAAUCAUUCUAGUCAUCGGCGGACCCGGCAGUGGUAAAGGAACCCAGAGCUUAAAAAUAGCAGAACGCUAUGGAUUUGAGUAUAUCUCGGUGGGUGAAUUGUUAAGAAAGAAGAUCCAUAGCACAAGCAGCAAUCGAAAAUGGAGUCUGAUUGCUAAGAUAAUUACAACUGGGGAAUUAGCCCCACAGGAAACCACAAUUACUGAGAUAAAGCAAAGAUUAAUGCAAAUUCCUGAUGAAGAAGGGAUUGUUAUUGAUGGAUUUCCACGAGAUGUUGCCCAAGCUCUUUCCUUUGAGGACCAAAUCUGUACCCCAGAUUUGGUGGUGUUCUUGUCCUGCUCAAAUCAGCGGCUCCAAGAACGCCUAAUGAAACGCGCCGAACAGCAGGGGAGACCAGACGAUAAUCUGAAAGCCACACAGAGACGCCUGACUAAUUUCAAGCAGAAUACUGUUCCGCUGGUCAAAUAUUUCCAGGAAAAGGGUCUGAUUGUGACUCUGGAUGCUGAUAAAGAUGAGGAAGAAGUAUUCCAUAACAUAAGCCUGGCUGUUGACAAUAAGCUGUUUCCCACUCAAGAACCCGGACCAAGUCCAUGUGAAGUUGACCUUAAUCUCAUUGUGGACCCAGGAGAGAUUCCUGAUCAUGAAUUUAACUUUGAAGAUCAGGCAUAUGAACAAUCGUGUGUUUGCAGGCCUGAAAAUGCAGAUUUUACAGAAGACCUGAAGAAAUCAAACAUAAUUUUUGUACUUG